AUGUGUGGAGAGAACCCCACAGCUCGUGUACUGGGUCAAAAGUGUUGGGGUGUGACUUACACUGCUGAACGUGUGUGUGCUCUGAAAAACACAUCAGUUGAUCUUUCCUGCUCUUAUAAAUAUCCUGCAGGUCACACAGUGAUAAAAUCAGUGUGGUUCAUUAAAGAGAAUUUUUAUCUUGAGCCUGAGGAUGUGAGAGAGGAUGAAGAGUAUCAGGGCCGAGUGCAGUACACACAGAGCUCCCAGAAUGACUAUCUGAAGGUUACAGUAUCAGACUGGUACAGCUUGAAUAAGAAGCUGAGCUGCAUCACCACCUGCACUCUGUCUAACAAACCCACUUACAUCUGGUACAAGAACGGACAGCGUGUUACUGACCAGGACACAAAUGAACUGGAUAUCAGCAGUGAGGAUGGAGGCAGCUUCUCCUGUGCUGUAAGAGGACAUGAGGAACUUCGCUCUCCUGCUGUCUAUUCCCCUAAAAACACCACAGCCGUGUUUCUUCCCUCUGGAGACACAGUAGAGGGGGAUUCAGUGACUCUGAGCUGUAGCAGUGAUGCAAACCCUCCUGUUCUCACCUACUCCUGGUUUAAACAGAGUUCAGCUGCAGACACACUGCUGAUAACAGACCAGAAUUACAGCAUCAGUGAGAUCAGCUCCCAGCACAGAGGACUGUACUACUGCACUGUUCACAACCAGCUGGGACACCACAAAUCUACACCAAAACUCUUGGAUGUGUUAUGUAGGUACCAAAGUUUUUAG